GCCCAUCCCCAAAUAACUUUCCUUGUGUCCUGAUCGACCAGCAGCACCCCGUCCUCACAGCACCGGCAGGAGGAAGCGUGUGAGGAGGAGAGGGAUUUAGGGAAAGAGGGAAGAUGACGGGGCGGAUUUCGGUCCGAGAGGAUUCCCCUGGAAGGGACUGUGGAGGUUUCUUUUAAGCUGAGUGUUGGGUCUGGACCCGGCGGUGAUUUGGACCUGUGGAAGUGAUCUUGUGGACGAAUCGUGAGCGUCUCGCCUCCUGUGACUUGGGUUGUGGGGGGGUCUGUCAGCUGAGAGAUGUCCUCAGGAGGAUAAACCCUCCCAGAACUCGAGCUGAACCUGAAGCUUUUCACGCUGGUUCUGGACGUCCAGCAUCUCCUCACUUCAUUCCAGCCAUGGACUCCCAGGGGGGCCCGUACCUCAACAAGGGGGCUCUCUGCUCCCCGCUGGGCGGCGCCCGCCUCUGUCAGCUGGCCAUGGGCUGUGCUGUGAUGGCCAUGGUGACCCACAGCGCCGGCUACAGCGGCUCACACGGCGUCUUCUGCAUGGCGGCCUGGUGCUGCUGCUUCGCCGUGUCGGUGGCGGUGUUCUUCCUGGACGCCACCCGCCUCCACAGCUACCUGCGGGUGUCCUGGGACAACCUGACGGUGACCUGGGCCGCCUGCGCCACGCUCAUGUACGUGACCGCCUCUGUGGUUUACCCGCUCUUCUUCGUCCGGUCCGAGUGCCCAUAUGAAGGCUGCCAGGUCCGAGAUUUCCGCAUCGCCGUCACGGUCUGCUCCAUCCUGGGAACUCUGGCCUACGGGGCCGAAGUGGCCCUGUGCCGGGCCAGACCGGGCCAGAUAGUGGUGGGCUACAUGGCCACCGUCCCCGGCCUCCUGAAAGUCGUCCAGGCCUUCGUCGCCUGCGUCAUCUUCGGAGCUCUGGCCAACGGGAGCCAGUUCUCGCGCUACGCCGCCACCGUUUACUGCGUGGUCGUCUACGCCUCCUGCUUUGCCCUCACCGCCCUGGUGGUCAUAAUGACGGUGUGUAAACGCACCAAGACGGUGAGGUGCAUGCCCUUUGAUCGCUUAGUGGUGGUCUGCACCUUCCUGGAGGUCCUGCUCUACCUGAGCGCUUCAGUCGUGUGGCCUGUUUUCUGCUUUGACACAAAAUACGGCACGCCGUGGAGGCCGUCGUGGUGUCCACAGGGGAAGUGUCCCUGGGACAGCCAAGUGGUGGUGGCCGUUUUCUCCUGCGUGAACUUUGGGCUGUAUCUGACAGACCUGCUUUACUCACAAAGGGUCCGAUUCGGCUCAACGCGUCUUCCCGCUAACUCGCGGGUGUAGAACCACUCAGUCAGGACCCGCUGGACAGUGUUUAACUCCACCUUCUGCUCAAGAAGAAAAUCCUCCAACCCGCCAAGAGGAGAUACCCAGAAAUAACCAAAUUAGAACUUUGAAACGCUGUUUUAACGCAAACAAUUUAGAAAGUUAAGAUUUAUUUUAGUGCCAUUUGAUGCUGAGCUGGACGUGUCGCCGUGAUUCAGAGCUGCAUCAAUAAAGCUUUAACGUGUUCAAGCUACUAAAUGAAUUCACAAUUUUAGUCUUUUCUUUAUUAAUGUAUUUGAAAUAUAAGGAAAAAGAAUAAGUUAAAGAUCCAUAAAAAUAUCUUUUUUUUUUGCUGCCAUUCUUAAUUUCUUUACAUUUUGCUUGCGAACAGCCAGACUUUCUUCUCAUGUUUUAAAAUGUUUUUAAUCAAUAUUUCUUCAGGGUUUGUGAUUGUCUUCAUAUUUAUGCUUUGGCAUGUUCUGGUUGGUUGUACCUGACAAAAGCAACAUGUUGUGUGGUGUGUGCUUUUAGAAGUAGGAAAGUGUACAAUUAUAAGGGAUAAAAUAAAAAAAAACCCUGAAAGUCAUGUCUAUUAAGAGACAUAUUCAAAGGAAUCCAGCAAAUACUGAAUGAGUUACUUGAGAGAUGUAUAGCUGAUCAUCACGUUUUGAUGAUAUAAUACAACUUUAUGUCAAACUUUGAAAUUUUUUGUUUCCCUUUGUUGAUUUAUGAAAUGAAUUAUCUGCACGUUGUUCUUUGUGAAUCUGUGCUAAAAAAAAAGAACCUAAAGAUCCCAUUCAAAGUAAAAAAAUUUUUGCUGAGCUGUGAUUUCUAAAGACAAAACUUGUUAAUUUUGGGUUUAGGAGGGUUGUUGGUCAUUUCACCCCUUCAGGAUGUCGUGUAGGUUAAUGGUUUUUAUAUCUGAUUUUGUGUUUAUGGUGAAAACCUUUUUCAUUAUUUACAGCACACCUGGAAAGUAUUAACAGCUCUUCACUUUUUCCAUGUUUUGUUAUGCUUUACAAUGUAUUUUAUUUUAUAAGUGAAAAAGUUUUGUUUGGGAACAUUUGCAAAUUCUAAGAAAAUAAAAAAAGACAAUAAAUCACAUAACUAUUCACACCCUUUGCCGUUCCACACAUAAUUGAUCUUAUUUGCAUCCUGUCUUCCACUGAUCAUCCUUCAGAUCUUUCUACAACUUGAUGGGAGUUUGCCGGUAAUAAAAUCAGCAGAUUGAACAUG